AAGAAGAAGAAGAACUCGUCGAAACAAUCGUUGUUCCGAGGCAUCUAUAACUAAUUUUUUAAAAUUUAAAAAUUCAAAGCAACAGAAAUGUCUCUGGAGACUGUCCCGAAAGAUCUGCGUCAUUUGAGAGCGUGUCUGCUGUGCUCUCUUGUCAAGACUAUUGAUCAGUUUGAGUACGACGGGUGUGAUAACUGUGAAUCAUACCUGCAGAUGAAGGGCAACCGAGAGAUGGUUUAUGAAUGCACAAGCUCUUCUUUUGAUGGUGUUGUUGCUAUGAUGAGCCCGGAGGACAGUUGGGUGGCAAAAUGGCAAAGAAUCGGUAACUUCAAGCCAGGUGUCUAUGCAGUAACGGUAACGGGUCGGUUACCUCCAGGUGUGGUGCGAGAGCUUAAGAGCAGAGACGUCAUCUACAGAUCUAGAGACACGGCUGUUAAAACAUGAAAACAGUUUGCAUCAGUUUAUGAAUCACAUGUUUGUAAGGCUACACUCAUAACCAGCUGUUUUAGUGACUGCUUAUCUGUUAUUGUCUGUUAUUUCAUGUCUUAUGAUUUUCUGUUUUACUUUUGGAGCGAUUAUGGUUUGAUGAUGGAUAAAUUACUCACACUUUGUUUGUGUGUGUAUAUACAGUAUAUAUAUAUGGUCAGUAGGGUUUCUACAGUUAAAAAGGUCAUACCCCUGGUUUCACAGACGAGGCUUAAGCUAGUCCCAGACUAAAAUGCAUGUUUGAGCUG